AAGACAUAGACGGCUGUCGCGUAAAAAUAUGGAGGUUUGAGAAUUACGAGAACAAUUGAAGUUAGUACUCGUUAAAAAGUACGUAAGUGUAAGACAUGUAGUGCCACACUCACAACUGGUAGUCGUAUAAGCAAACAAGUAGCAACAUAGCUAGCUUUCGUUCUGUGCAUUUGCGUAUCUUCAAGUUGCACCAUCGGAAAAAAUGCCGGCUCCUAGUGCUACCACUGGGUCGCGAGUUAGGAUGGUUAAUCCUAUGCCUGAUUUCACGGCGCGUCCUGGGAGGAGAGUAACGCAAAGUACGUCAGCGGGAAAGGACUUUGUGUUGGCAUGCGUUGGCAUGGAAGUCGUAAGUUAUGCCAGAAAGAUGAAGUCUUUCUCAAGAACAUUCUCAAAAAAUAUGAAAGAUGAGUAUAAGGUGAAAAUGUUUUUUUAUGUCGAGUACAUCGUUAAGCAGUCGGUCUUUUGUAACUGCCGUGUCUCUACUAUUCGGGUCACAACGGAACCAGGCAGUCAAUACAAAAAAAAAUACUUGUAGCUGCUACGUGGCUCGAAUAAAUGAAUGAAAAACUACCGCCAUGAACUCACUCAGUCUUCUAAGUAAAAAAUAGGGAAGACUGGAUAUGGGGCGACCAAGAUUACGACGCCGGACAAAACCAAAGUAGUACAUUAUUUUUUUGUUUGAGUUUGCCUCUCGGACUCGGUUCUUGACGUUGAAGAUAGACCAUCUUUCUUUCCGCAGUGCAUAUUAGUGUCUUCAUCGAUUGUGACGCGGACAUAAUUCUACUUAUCCUCUACAAGAACUUGAAUAUCAACAGGUGGCGUCGGUGUGAUAGAGGCGAUUCAUGGUGAUCCACCAGGAUGGGCCACGGUAAGGUUCGGGAGGCAGGUAAAGAAAUUUCGCAUAGGAGGAUGUGAAACGACUGUCACAAAACGCUACGAUUUGAGAGUACAUGAGCGGCUGCCUGGUCUUCUUGCUCUACACGGAUUAUUAAGGGUGGUUUUUUUCACUAUCCCAUGUGGACUAAUAUGCUGAGUGGGCUCCUUAUCCCAUGUGGACUAAUAUGCUGAGUGGGCUCCUCCUGUUGGAGGGCAAACUAAGGGGCAAAGAGGGCUAAUAAAGACUGGGCUCCUCCUGGAUCAUUUGGAGGGCAAACUAAGGAGCAAUUAUAGAGGUAGGUUUUUGGUGCUUGCUUACCCCGCUUUUUAUGCCUUUCUCCCUUAGGAGAGGGCAAACCUCCACUCGAUUCAAACCACUCGACUCGGGAUAGUGAAGAACUUCAAGAGAAGCGUCUCCCACUGCGAGCACGACAAAAUCAGCUGCUACACCAGGAACAACGGGAAAAGCGAAACCGACAGACGAGGAUGCGAUGGAUGUUAACGAUCCUUAAUGAUUUAGAUCGAUGGAUGUUAACGAUCCUUAAUGUUAAUGUUAGAUCUUUAAAUACUUAUGAAAGCAGCUACAAGCUUAAUCAUCGUGAUCUCUAAAUAUGAAAGCAGCUACUUCGGCGAAGGAGCUGCAGCUACAAAUACUCGGCCCGGGGAGUUUAAUAUUAGAUCUCUAAAUAUGAAAGCAGCUACAAAUUAUAAUACUGCAAUUAUAAUAUGAACAUAUAUUAGAUAGUAUCACUAUCAGGUUCAGGUUGAUGAGAAUCACGCUUACGCACACGCUGUAGCACUUCUACUUCUGAC